AUGGGCUUGUGCUGCGGCAUUACCAAGGCUAAAUCAUUAUCUAAUCAAGAAAAUAAAAUCGAGAAACUGACCAUAAGCUUUCGAAGCCAGAAUAAAAACCAAAGAAGGCUUUUUUGAUUAUCUAAAGCAAGAAAUGCUCCUCAACUUAAUAUUGAAGCGAAUCAGUUAUACAUCAAGCGGCAGUCUUGAUAUAGAAUUUCCAAAAUGAGCACUGGGCAAUGAUCCCUCUCUAAGUCUGAGCUGAUUUAG